ACAGACUUAAAACAAUAUCUGGAACAUUUAAAAGUUAAAAAAAUUAACGCGUAAAGUCUAUGUUCAAUGAAAUGUAAACAUGUCGCGUAUGUUUAUGCUGAGUUAUUCACCAUCUGCAUCUGCUUAAUAUUUGUAUUGACGCUCGACCCGCCCAUGCAGCACCAUCUACCGGCACAUUCUAGAGCACAAAUGGAGCGCUCCUUUGUUGGACGAAAACAACAAACUCUCCGUUCAUCUUAAAACGCUUUAUUUUCGCCAGUUUACCAAUAUUUAUUUAUAUUUCUUAUUCUGCUGGUCAAUUUGAAUGUAUCAAACUCUUUUAAGGUUUAUUAAAACAAGUCUAGCCGUCAUGAUUUGACCAAAUUGAUGCUAUGGGAACUCCGGGAUAGCUCGGACCUUUGAACUGUGAAGUAGCUGAUAGCUACAAGGUACCUAGGUGGGCUAAUGUUUAGCUUAGACCUUAGUCGCGAGGAGAUACGCACUUUGCCGAGCGGUUCAGAUGGCGGUCCGGUGGUUAUGUAGCCUGUUUGGGAAACCCUUUGAUGGUGGGAAGCGAAUGGACCAUGGCGUUCCAUCCCAGCAGCAGCCGCAACACCCGAUGGAUCCACACCAGCAGCCCACUUAUCAUCCCCAGCACCCGGCCAUGAGGCGUCUGUACGAGAUCCAGAAGGAAGUGGCCUCUCUGGGGCCACAGGUGUGCACCUUCAGCGGGCUGCAGAAUGACCGGGACUAUAAGCGGCUGGAGCGAGACCUGACCCGCCUACUGCUGGACGUGGACCAGGUGGACACGGAGGGGAAAAUGGAGCUGCAGGGGGCGAGGAAGCGGGCGGCGCAGGAGGUGGAGGGCCUUCUGCGUUACCUAGAGGAGAACGCGACUCACCCGUCGCGCGUCGCUAUUGAGGACCUGAGCAACAAGGCGCGGCAGCUGGUGGAGGAACGCGUGGUGGCGCCGCAGCGUUGUGGCGGAGUGGCAGAGAUCAACGACGAGCUGGUGGACGCCCUGCAGGAGCUGAUCCUGAGGCUCACCCAGAUAAAGACGGAAGGGCGGGUCCCUCUGCGGAAGGCGCGCUACAGGGCGCUGACACGACUCUGCGCCGUCCAGGAUGUGCUGGAAGGCCGAACGCCGCAGCAGACUCUCUCGCUGCCGCUGUCGGGGGAAACCCACGAGGCGGUGAACCGCAUCAACCAGGUGAUGGUGAAGGUCAGCGUGGCACGCAGCCAGCUGGUGGCGCUGCUGAUGGGCCUGAGCGGCCGCGACAGCUGCACGCAUUUGUCCCGCAUCCUGACGGAGAUGCAGGUGGAGCUGGACGCGCUGGAUGUCUCCGGAAACGCGGCCAUCCGGAAUUACCGGAAGCAAGUGGUGGAGGAAAUCAAUGGGCUGCUGAAGCACCUGGACCUGGAGGUGGAGGGAGACGACACCCGCAGGUACGACCUGGCCCAGAACAACUCCAUCCGUGAGAUUGAGGCUGUGCGGGCUCAUGUGUCUCACCUGCGAGAAGGUGUCCUGCGCCACUGCAUGGUGGGAGACAUGAGCUUCCGACCCAAAGCCGAGCUGCAAAGCCUCCUGACCAAGCUGGACCAAGUGGACACCGCCAAGAAUCCCUGCAUUCGAGAGGCCCGGCGUCGAGCCGUCGUGGAAGUCCAAGCCAUCAUCACCUUCCUGGACCUGCGCGAGGCUCUGGUGUGCCGCCAGCCGGGCCCCGCCGAGCACCCUUCGCACCGGGCCGUCUGGCUGGUCCUGGGGAGCCUGUCGGACCUCCAGGCUCAGGUGCUGGGCUUCGACGGGAAGCGCGUCGACAAGAGCUACAUGAUGCUGGAGGAGCUGUUGACCAAACAGCUGCUGACUCUGGACGCGGUGGACCCGCAGGGCGAUGAGUUGACCAAGGUGGCGCGGAAACAGGCGGUCAAGUUCGCCCAGAACAUUCUCAACUACCUGGACAUGAAGACAGACGAGUGGGAGUACUGAGGAACUUCAAACCACCCUGUACAUAAGACCUCGAGUUCCCAGAAUGCACAGCAGCUUUAUUUUGGCGGCUUUUCUCUCCAAGUCCAGACGACUUUUGUGAAACUCCUGUGCGACUGAGUGUGACUUGUCUUCUGUAGUCUCUGUGUUCGUGUCGACGCCUGCUGCCGAAGCGCUGGAACAACGCCUGCGACCACAGUCUCAUCCUCCAGAACUGCUCUCAGAUACACGGCUAAACUGGGCCGGAUCACUCAGAAACGGCUUCACUGUCUGACCUGAUUAAGUCGUCUGUAACCGCUCCAUGUGAGGGAAAGAAAAUCACCAUGACCUGGUUUAGGAGACGUGUUCACUGCAGCUCCGAGGUUUCACUAACUGUUGCUGUAGUAGUUACCACCAACUCAUCACUAUAUAAAGCUUCUUUUGGAUGGAAUGACCAGCUUUGAAUUCAUGGCCAUGAUUUGGUAUCACAACACCAACCACAACAGUCAGUACAACACUAAAAGUACUCCAAUAACUAGUACAAAACUGGCAGUCAGCUACUACGACUACUACUACUACUACUACAACUACCCAAUGCUACUAUUUCUACUACCACUGCAUUUAUCAGAAAAGACUCCCACUACUACAACUAUGUACUAUAACUACAACCAACAUAUUUAGGAGAGCAUUCAGUCCAAAUGUCAGUCAUUAAAAAAAUAAAUUAUAAAAAAUUACAAUUAUUACAGCGAGUACAUCAAUCCUGCAAGUACUACAAGUACUGCGUAUGGUACUGCUAAUAUGACUAACCAAAAUCGUGAAAUCUUAAUCAGUCUGACUACUACUACUAGUACUACAAACAGGGUUACUAUGACCGCAAUAGUCAGUACUACUAAACUACUUCCAUCCUUGGAAUACCACAACUACUAUUCUAAAAGGAACUCAAAAGCAACACUACUUGCACUACAACCAAAACAACAUUUCUCUAGUGAUAAUCACGACCAAAAACUACAAGCAAAGCUAUUGCAAUCACCAGCAGCAGCACAACUACUACUACUACUACUACUACUGUGGGACCCACAUGACCAGCAGCUGCAACAACACAAGUAUGUCUUCAAGUAUAACAAGCAUUGACAGCAACUGCAGCUCCAGAGUAAUGACAACUAGAGGAAUAUGAAGGACCAGCUAAAGUGUGUUUUGAUACACAGACACUGUUGAAACAUCCGGCCUCUCCUGUGUCAAAUCCUGGACAAAAAGGUAAAUUCAGAAAACAUGAAGUAUUUUCCUGCCACUGCUCAUCUCGGUUGUGACUUGGCGAGGGCUGAAAUAGAUGCGGGAACAGGUACCGUGGAGCUUUCUCUGCUGCUUCGUCUUUGGUUGCAUUCGCCCUUUUUGUAGAGCUGUGAAGGAGGGUGGUGCGAAGGAAGGAAGGAAGUGUGAAGCUUUUAUAUCCCCAGCCGUGACGCGUCAGUGCCGGAGGGAUGGCGGUCAGGUCCCCCAACACUGACUGUGAUCUCACUCAGCUGAGCCUUGUGGAACUGUGGAGGAUGCAAAUCUGUGCCUUUGUUUUCUCCCCCUUUCUCUAGUGUGAAGAGUGACUCAAUAGUGUUGGGAAAAAAAUUGCACUAUUUGCUGUUAAUUUAGGCUGAUUCCCAUCAAUAUUUAGAUUCCAAUGGCUGAUCUAUUAUGGGCUGUGUUGACACACGCGACGGCUCACCCUGCAGCAGCAUGAGUCAUCCCGCAUGGAGCCGCCCUUUUGCUCCGAAGCCGUUCGGGCAGAUGGAUCCUGAUGGAGGAGAACAGUCAUGACGAGGAUCAAAUCGUAUUAUAUCACAGCUCCGUGGUGACCUUUGGAAAAAUCUAUGCCGGUGUUUUGUAGAGCUGCGAAAUGAGCCACAUAACUGAUGUUCACCACUUGUUUUGUAGCUGCUUUACGUCACUUUUGAGUUGCACAAAAGGGGUUGUUCAUCUCUAAUACUGAGAUGAUUUUUUUAAUUUUUUUUUUUUUAUGGACGAUCCUGUCCUGUUUAAGGGUCGUGAACUUGAGUCGGCUUCAAACAGCUCCAGUUGUGCAGGGGUGGAACUGCUAUUAUUAGUGUCACUGACGUUUCGGAGCACAUCAGUGUUGCAUCGUCUGAGAAGAAAAAUGGCCUCUCCGUGAAAACCACUUGUUCCUGACACGCGCUUGAAAGUUAAAAGCCAGAUCUGGUGGUUUGACUUUAAAAUAUUCAGCAGCAACAUACAGACUGAGAGGAAACAUGAAGUGUUUUUUUUUUUUUUUAGCUGAACUUUUGUUGAAUGUAGUCGCUCAAGAAUGUUUUAUUUCAUGCAACCAAAGUCGUUUUAUUUAGACCUGCAGUCAUGAUGGUUCGGAUUUGUUCUGUAAGGGUGGCAAUUUUGUAGCUUGACCUGAGCCAUUUGAAUUUCAAAAUUUAGGUCCUAAAAAUGUCUAAAUUUUCAACUCUUUGUAAAGGUUUUUGAAGUUUUCCAAAAUAAGAAAAAAAAAGUCAAAUGUUUUUAUAUUUAAAAAUUAAGUAAACAAAAAAAAAGUCAAUUGAGUAAAAUAAUUUUUUAACAAAAUAAAAAAUAUAAAAAUUGGAAACAACAUAUGUAGAUGUAAACAAAAAAAAGCAAUACAAAUAGUUGAACUGAGACGAAUAAAUAUUUAAAAGUCGUGACUAAAUGUUUUCCUGGAGCCUGUGAGAUGAAAAUGCAGGAUCCCAACUUCAUGUGUUGACACUUGACUCUCCUGGGGCUGGAUCACCAACAUCCACGAUCUUAGCAGCGAAAAGUGCCUCUUCGUAACAACAGCAAAUAAAACAAGCACCUGAGUCGUCUGUAGUUUCUCUAGCUCCACAUCCGUCUUCGGAAGUUUCUUUAUUGAGCUUUAAAACAAGCACACACACGCACCGUCUUCGCAGCUUUGCCUUCCUCUCUUGCGAGAUUAUAAAACUAUGGUGUUUUCUUCUCUUUUCUGAUCUUGUCUGUAAAUGUAUUGACUGUCUGGCUAAAAGAAAAACAGGAGAUGAACAUGCUGUGUGGAUGCUUCUCGGUUGUGAGUGUGUAUCCCCACUAUGGAAUAAAGAUGUGUCUCCAUCAGAGCGGAGUGUGUUGUUCAUCCCCGAGAGAGGACGGGAAGUGCUCACUGGAAGCUUGAAAGGAGGAGACUCUUCUGGGUUUUAUUUUAAGAAGAAUGUACACCACCAUCAUGGAUGGAUGGGUAGCAGAUAUCUCACGCUUCACAAGG